AUGGAAGAUGAGGGAAAUUCAUCCCUGCUGCCACCAAGUGACAUUAAGAGUAAGAAAGAACAGCCAGAAAUGUUAAGUGAUUUGAUCGGAGAUUUUAAUCAAGGCCGGCCCUCUUCGAUGCUACCACCCCAAGAGGCUGAGACUUUUUUGGUGAAGAAAGGCCACGGACAUCUCUCAAAUACUAUGUCGGAAUAG